AUGCCGGCCUCAUCACCAGUGCAACAUCUCUUCGCCUUUGUCGUCGCAGCCAUCUAUCUGGCUGUCGUCCUCGAAAUGCCACGGGGAUUUUUGGAGCUACUCAUUAGCACACUGGUCACUUGGGCAUCUGUCCGCUACUUUGUCGCGGCAGAUAGAACGGCUUCACUCUCUGCGAACCAACGCGAUGCGAAUGGACACGCAGUGGACAAGGAGACACGGUCAGAUCACAUGGGUGGCAAGGGAAAAGCGGGCACAUGGCCUUGGUACAUCUUUGCUAUCCUGAUGGGCCAGCUCACGCUCAACCAUAUCCACCGCUACUUCUCCAACACAUCACUAGACGUCAUAGAGAUCACUGGCUCUCAGAUGGUGCUCGUCAUGAAGCUCAGUCAUUAUGCUUGGAAUGCCUACGAUGGAACGCGUCCAUUGGAGGAGCUGGACGAUCGUCAAAAAGGCGACCGCAUCACCGAGCUACCGGGUUUGCUCGAGUUUCUCGGCUUCAGCUUCUUCUUUCCGUCCAUCCUUGUGGGGCCGUCUUUCACCUUUGCAAGCUACCGGGCCUUCACUUCGCGAUCUCUCUUUGCGUCCGUUGAGGGCAAAGAGAAAGCCACUGCUCUCGCACGCCAACGUCUGCCCAAAGGCCGCACAAAACGAGCCCUGCGGCAAUACUGUAUUGGCGCGCUCUACCUUGCGCUCUACUCGCUCUUUGCUGCAAAGUAUAGCUAUGCUACCGUCGUCUCGCCCAGUAUGCGUCAUGCUGGCUGGUUCAAAACUGUCUUGUGGAUGAAUGCUGCCGGCUUCUUUGCGAGGACAAAGUACUAUGCCGUCUGGACUUUUGCAGAGGCAGCCUGUAUUGCCAGUGGGAUAGCAUGGAACCCUCGGAGCGGAAAGUAUGAUGGCUCACGCAACGUCAAGAUCCGAUCCAUCGAAUUCGCCGAGAACUUCAAGAUCUUGCUGGACAGCUGGAAUAUGAACACGAAUGUCUGGCUGCGCGAGUGCGUCUAUAAGCGGACAGCGCGAAAAGGCAGGAAACCAGGCUUCAAGAGCACGAUGGCUACUUUCGCAACGAGCGCGCUGUGGCAUGGCAUCAACAUCAAUUACUUCUUUACCUUCCUCAUGGGCGGCUUUCUGCAAGCCCUCGGCAGACAGAUUCGCACGACGAUCAGGCCGUUCCUUUUACCUGCAGGCAUCACAGCCGUCACACCUGCGACAAGUCCAGAGAUAGGCACAAAUGGCUUCGAUUUCAAGAAGCCACCUCUGCGCCUGCCUGCACCAUCACUAGCAAAGCGGACCUACGAUGUGCUCUCCAUCGUCGCCACACAAGCAGCACUCAACUACAUCGUAGCGCCUUUUAUGCUGCUCGAAUUGAGACCCACGCUCGUUUGCUGGCAAAGAGUAGGCUGGUACGGUCACAUCAUCACCUUUGUGCCUUUGACGUUCUACUGGCUCGGCGGGGGCGCGUUCCUCAAGGGUCAACUGAAGGCAAGGGAAAAGCAUGCAGCUAGACAGAAAGGGCAGAGCGAUAGAGCAGACAAGCGGAUAGAGACGACGAUCGAGCGGACGCACGAAAAGGCGCGACAGCCCAGUGUGCGGGAUGCUUCGCACAUUCCAUCGCUGUAG